UUGCAAAUGACAUAUGUAUAAAAAGGUGCACUUUGUGUAUCUCAAAUUGAAACAAAAUUUAUCAGUAUUUGAUUCACAUAUUUAAUAGACGCAUCAGGAAAACUGUUUCAUAGAUAAAAAUUCUAAAAUCGUAAAGACACCACUACUGACAUGAUGUGCGAUUAUUGUUCCUGGAUCAAAGAGAUCUUAGCCAGAAUUGAUGCCGAAACACAGAUUAAGAAGAAGAAAAAAAUAAUGCCGCGGGUGGCUCCAGUUAUCAUUGUUCACGGAGGUGCCGGAAAAAUUCCUCGAUACGCGCGAAAAUUUAUGCUCGACGAGGUGAAAAAUGCUGCUGUGGUAGCGUAUCACGAUCUGAUUAAAGGAUGUUGUUCGCUGGACGCAGUCGAGCGUGCAAUUUGCCACAUGGAGAGCAAAAAGUAUUUUAAUUGCGCGUAUGGAGGUUCCGUAGACGCAAACGGGGAGGUCGUGAUGGACGCUGCGAUAAUGACAAACGAUUUACGCGUGGGUUGCGUAGGCGCCGUUCGAAAUAUAGCACAUCCUAUAACGUUAGCCAAACUGGUCCUGCAACGAACAGAACAUGUGUUGAUAGUUGAAGAUGGAGCGCAAAAGUUGGCCUUGGAAUCAAAUCUUCCCAUUUUGUCACCCGGUCAACUGAUCGUAACGAUUGAUUCAAAGACAUCGUUACAUGAAGAAGAAGAUAAUGAAAAACACGACAGCUACAAGACGAAGAGAAGCAAUCCGAUGCGAAAGAAUGUAUACCGGGAUGUGUGAUCGAAAGACACAGAGAAGAGAAAAAAAGCGUUUCAGAAGUCACAAUUAUCAAAUCAGACGAAUCUCUAACCCUCGAACCUGAUAUUUUACAGACAAGUUAUAAACUUAGAACAUUUUUGUGCUAUGUUUCAUUCGAAUUGUAUGUACAAAAAUAUAUUAUUUUAUAAUUAUGCUGCACGAAUAUACGUAUCAGACAUAAUAUUGGAAAGCAUUAUUAGCUCGGUGCAGUCGGAGCAGUGGCAUAUGAUCGUAGAAAACGUCUCGCCAGCGGGACUUCGACAGCCGGAGAAAUGGGAAAGUUGUACGGAAGCGUGAGUGCAACCGGUACAGCGAUCGGUUGCGGCAUUUACGUUGAUCAAAGUGGCUCGGUGUCCGUCUCGGGUUGCGAUAAAGCUAUCUACAAAUACGCUCCAGCACAGCAAAUCCUGCGACGAUUGCGAUGCAAGACAACAUCGAUUGAUGAAGUAGUCACUACGAUAUUCCGGGAUUUCGAGGAAAAAAUGGACGUAUCUUCACCGAAACCUGACCUAGGUGUAAUCUUAGUGACCGCCGAAGGAAAACCAUUCGUGUCCUUCAAGUGUGCGCACUUUCCCUGGGCGUACUGUGACAAAGGCUACGUAUAUUAUGGAUGCGCGAGAAACGAAAGAUUUUCGGAGAAACUUGACGUCCUCGAACGUCCAUUAGACUGCAUGUGCGAAGAUUCUGAUUAGUUGAAACGUUAAGUAGAAAAUCUUAUCAAUAGCAAUCAAAGUCAGAGUCGCGAUAAACUCAAUAGAUAUAAUUCUACCAAAAAUAUUUUGCUUGUUUUGCUUCAACUUAAUUAUAUUUUUUUUACUUUCAAAGCAUAAGGAGUUUUAGAAAAAUGGAAUUUGAAGCAAUUUUCGAGCGACCUUUUUAUGACAAUGUCAGUUUUGUCUCUUUAAAUUGCUAAUAUUAAAUUAUACAAUUUUA